AUGAGUUCCAUCGAGAGAGAAAAGGUCACUUAUGGAAGGCAAACUUUCAACGAGCUGGACCAAGCUGAGACUCAAAAUCAAGGAACAUUCCGGACUGUCGAGCUCUCUGCCUUGGGCCUGCGCCAAGAGACCCAGCGAGACAUUGGGCCUCUCGAUACCGUAUGUGUUGGCUGGAACAUUUGCAAUAGCUGGGCCGGAGUGGCGGCGACUUUGGCUUUGUCAAUUGCUCAGGGCGGUUCGGUGACCCUCAUCUAUGGUGUCGUUGUCUGUUUCAUCAUGGUUGGAUGCAGCGGCUUGAGCAUGGGAGAACUUGCAUCGGUCUAUCCUACCGCCGGAGGACAGUACCAUUGGACAUCUAUAUUAGCUCCCCAAAAAGCGAGUCGUUUCCUAAGCUAUGCAUGUGGCAUCAUCAAUGCUUAUGCCUGGGUUGCUACCACGGCUGGAAUCACCAUCAUCGUCCCGCAAGUCAUCCUGGCCAUGGUUAACCAUUACCAAAAUGAUUACGUGGCUCACACGUGGCAUUAUUUUCUCCUUUAUCAGGCCGUUAAUUUUGCGGUCUGCAUGCACAACAUCUUCUCACUGAAAAGGGCCAUGUGGCUAAAUGAUAUGUCAUUUGUUAUCACUCUGACAGGCUUCGUUACGAUCAUCGUUACGUGCCUCGCCCGAGCACCCUCGAAACGGAGCAGCCACUUUGUUUGGACGAAUUUCGUGAAUAAAAGCGGCUGGCCGGCUGGUAUAAGCUUCCUCACAGGCUUGGUAUCACCUAACUACAUGUACGCAGGCAUUGACGGCGCAGUCCAUCUUGCCGAAGAAUGCAAGCAGGCCGAAAAGGUUGUCCCCAGGGCGCUCGUCAGCACGUUAACGAUUGGAUUUGUGACAAGUUUCUCGUUCGCGGUUUCAAUGACAUACUGUAUCACAGACUUCGAUGCUGUCCUUAGCACACCUACUGGAUUUCCGAUCUAUGAGAUAUGGCUACAGGCGACCAGAUCUAGUGUCGCAGCCACAAGCUUCAUGGCCAUUCUCCUUACAGCGGCUAUAGUGGCUCUCAUCGCUGUUCAACAGACUGCUUCACGCCUGACGUGGUCCCUCGCAAGAGAUGAAGCUUUGAUUUGGUCCAGAUUCAUCGGCCGUGUCCAUCCCUCCCUGCAGGUCCCAGUGUGGGCGUUGUUGGCUAAUAAUGCCAUUGUAUUUGUCAUCGGCUUCAUUUUCCUCGGCUCUUCGACCGCUUUCAAUGCCUUCAUCGGGACGGGCCUCAUCCUGCAACAAGCAACAUAUGCGAUUCCGGCCGCGCUCUUGAUUUAUCGGAAACGGUCUCCAAUGUACCUGCCUGUCAACAGGCCAUUCAGGUUAUUUGGCCCUCUUGGCUGGGUAGUGAAUUUCUCUACUGUCGCUUUUGCUAUCGUGGUCUUGAUCUUCUACGACUUUCCUGUUGUCGUCCCUGUUAGCGGUUUCAACAUGAACUAUACUUCUGGUGUGAUAGGAGCCAUGGCAUUAUUUGCGGCGCUUAACUGGGUGUUGUAUGCCGCGAAGUCAUACCACGGCCCAAGACUGGAUUGA